AUGCGCUUCACAGACCGCCUCUCCUUCGCCGUGAAGCAUGUGGUUGUGCACGUGUUUUUCUACUGGCUUCCACGCCUUGUGUUCGGCGCGCUGUCGCGCUGGCCGCGGUGGCUAAUGAGUCGGCUCACGCAUGGGAAGCUCGUAGCCGAACCCCCGGCCGAGCGGGAGGUCACCCUUAUCGCUAACGAGAAGGACCCUUACCGGCUGCGGGGGCGAUUCGGGCUGCCGCUGACGGGUCAGCCGCCGCUUCGCUAUCACGCUCCGCUCUACAAUGGACACAUUCAUACCAUCCUAGCGGCCAUGCGCAGCGGCCCGCAUGUACCAUAUGAGCGCGAGCUGGUCGAGAGCUACGAGGGGCAGCAUGUCAACAUGGACUACCUCUAUCCGCCGCCGUCCUCCAACCUGACGUCGUCCACCCUGGCAACGGUGGCGACUUCUCCGUUUGCCGGGGCUGCUGGUUCUGCUAAGGGCCGCGCGCCACAGGCCAAGGGUCUCAUGCUCAUUGUGCCGGGGCUGCUGAAUGCUUCGACGACGAACUACGUACGCCACUUUGCCGUCAAGUCCGUGGAGGCCGGCUUCGCUGUGUGCGUGCUCAACAGCCGAGGCAUGGGAACAACGCCGCUGGAGGUGCCGCGCCUCUUCAGUGCCACUUUCACCGAGGACAUUCGGUACUGCCUGCAUCACUACCUGCAGCAGAAGCAAGUCCAGGAGCGCCUCGGCACCCCACAGCCGGUCCCCCUCAUCGCGGUUGGCUUCUCUCUCGGUGGCGUGAUGCUUAUCAAGUAUCUCGGCGAGCAGGGUAUGGCAGCAGCAGAAAAAGAAUUGCGGUUGAACCUGCCGCCGAAAAGCGCGGCGCCGGACACCCCUGUGUCUGCCCUCGUGACAGUGACGUCCCCGUACGACCUGAUCGAAGCGGACCGCAUGUCGGCGACGCUGCUGUACCGAUGCCUCUACCAGAAGCCGUUUGUCGUGGGCCUGCGAAAGUACGCAAAACACAACCGCGAAAUGCUAGCGAAGCUGCCGAACGUGGACUCAACGCUGCUUUUCGAGGGCCCCAACCCGGUAGUCGACCGCCUCACCUCCAUCCGCGACUUUGACAAAUACAUCAACGCCAGCCACAACGGCUUCAACAGCCCGCAGGAGUACUACGCUGCGGCGCAGCCACUUCUGUGGCUGCCGCGCUGCCGUACGCCGAUACUCUGCAUUGGGAAUCGCGAUGACGUCGUGUCUGGUAGCUUCGUGCCCGAUGCGUCGUGGCGCGCGCUCGUCAGCGAAAACCCGUACGCCGUGUACGUGUGCUACCCUGUUGGCGGUCAUCUCGGCUUCCUCGGCACCCCGGCGGCGGAGUGGCGCGGUGAUGCGUCCGAGGCGGAGCACCUUGUGCUGCGCGCAGCCACGAAAUUUUGUGAGACGACGUAG